GGGGCACUGUGGGUAACGUGGCCGUCUGAAGGGGACUUCCGAUCGGGUGCCCCGCCCCCCGCCGGCUAUAGGCCGGUACCGCCCACGCGCGUCUGAGUGGCAGCCUUAAGCAGAGGCGGGGCACCGCUUCCGCCGGGCCAUGGGGCCGCGCGUGCCGCCGGCGCUGUUGCUGCUGCUGCCGGCGCUGCUUUGCUGGGCUGAGGACGCUGCGCCGUCUCAGCCCGCGCCCUCGCCCUCGCCGCAGCCCGCCACGACGAACGGGAGCCAGCCGGACGAGCCACACAACAGAACGCAUGCGUGGGUUCCGGGCGCGCAGGGCUCGGCGCUGCUGCGCUCCUUCUACGUGCUCACGGGCCUCUGUGGCCUGGCGGCGCUCUACUUCCUCAUCCGGGCAUUCAGGUUCGUCAGGCGGAAGUUGUUGCCGCUGCCCUUCCUCAGCCAAUUGGCACCUGUCACGUGUGGGGGCGGGGCCGUGCUGCCACGUGGCUCCCCCAGGGUUGAAGAAACCACAACGGAGAAGGUAUGGGCUCCUGGCCAACACCGAGGACCCCACCGAGAUGGCCUCACUGGACAGUGGUGAUGAGGAGACGGUCUUUGAGACAAGGAACCUGAGAUGAUGCUGAAGGGGGCAGGCGUUCUCAUGGGCCACAGGGGAAGGGCGAGAGACAGCCCAGCUCUGUCCUCGGGCUUUGGUGCCACCCAGCACUCUGGUCGGAGCCUGCGCAGCCUGUCCAAAGCCUGCUUGAUCCCAACCUGGACAACAGGGCCUUACCUCCCCAGAUGCUGCCUUAGCUUGGCAAAAGGAAGUAUGUUGAAACCUGAGGGCCCCCAACCACCACUGGGGACUCUUGAGGUCCCCCAGCUUGACUUGUACCACACCCUACACCCUUCCUGCGUGGAGAUGUGGCAGCCCUGUACUGAGGCCUGAUGGGCAGAUGGACUGAGGGGUUGGUCUCAGAGCAUGUUUGUGCUGAGCUGGGGACAAUAAAUGAGGCAUUGGCUAAUA